UCCGCCACGACAAGGCGCGCUCAACACAGCUGGCCCGAACGCACGCGCGCGCCCUCGCUCGCUCGUCCGCCCGUGCGCGUGCCGCCGCCCUCCUCCUCGCGCGGUCACGUGACUUGGGGCUCGCGGCCUGCGCUGACCUCGCCUGCUCUUGGAGUUGUGAUGAAUAUGUUGGAGACAUGGCGAUUUUAAUGCACUUGGAAAAUAAUCCUAAUAGAAAUGCUCUGGUGUGAAAACAUAGUCGUUAUAUGGUAUCAAUAGUUACGGUUUCAUAUACAAAUAGAUUUUUUUUUAUCUUUGAAACAGUACAAUUAAGUGUUAACUAUUAUACAUCUUGAAGUCCAAAUCCAUACAAGGUUUAAGAAUUUGAUAUUACUCUGAAAUCAAAUACGAAUGACGAGAAAAUCACGGGCAAUGACACCGGUCUCUGUGUUGCUAUAUGAGUUAGUGUGAUCGCCAAGCAAGUGUGACAUGCAGUGUGGCAGAAGUGUGUAGGAAUUUCACUCUUUUCGUGUUCGUAGCAUGGCCAUGACACUCCCACGGGCCACGUCUUGGGUCGUGUUGGCCACCCUCUUGAGCUGGCCAGCGGAAGGAUGCUGGCCAGGAUAUAUAGAGGACGCCGUGGAGGAGUCUAAGGUCGUGCUCAUGGCCAAGGUCACCCACCUCGAGGUCCCUCGAGGUCAGGAGACGUACCCCGUGGCCGAGAUCCAGGUCAGGGAGAUCCUCAAGGGCGCGGACGCGUACCAGGCCUACCUCCUGCCGCGGCACGACGGCCGGCUGCCCCUGGACGACGACGCCACGGCGCUCGAGGAUCCCCUGGACGACGAGGAACCCGAGAUCGAUGACGACAUCCUGGAGGUCGAAGGAGUCACGACCUCGACCUCCUGCGCCGGGAGGAUCCGCGAGGGAGACACGAGGAUCUUCUUCCUGGCCGUGGAGGAGGGGAAGGAUCCGAGGUCGAGGCGUCAAGGCGUUUCCCUCCGCGUGACAGCUCAACCUGUCAAGCUCAGUCUGAACAGCAUGAGGUGGAUCGAGGCGGCUUUGCAAGGUUCUUGUGUAAAUGUUUAUAUGAAAGAAAUAGAUCAAGAUAUUAACCUCUAA